AUGAGUUUCACAAGUCGAUUGAAAGCAACAGACUUCGAUCCGCUAUUAAUUGAUUACAAAGUUCAAUCUUCACUUGACAUGGCCUACUGUGCGUUACGUCAACGAAAUUUUAAAUUAGCACUGACGAAACUAAAUGAUACGCGUAAUCGUUUGGAUUUAUGUCAAAAUCCGUUGAUCAAAUCCAUCUACUGGAACGAAAUCUAUUGUGAUGCUCAUUUAAAGCGCCAUCAAUCCCAAUCGAAUUUGGCGAACUUGUUAUCAACGCUCGUUGCGAAAGAAUUGACAAAAUUGGAACUAAAAAUCAAUUCUAUGCCAGUUACUGACGAACAGAGUGCGACCUUGAACUCGACAUAUAUACAGUUAAAUGCUCAAUUUUGUCGAACUAUAAUUGAUUAUCUAUUAGAACAACCGAAAGCUUAUAGUGACUAUGAGCAUGAUGAGAAGAUCUCUCAAGCCAAGCAUCGGCAAUUAGAAAUGUAUGUCUAUGGUUUAGACGAUCAAAAUAAUACAAUGCAGAAAGCCGACUCGCUGAUCAAAGAAUUAUUUCACAAAGGUGUAAACAUCUUGAAGAGUAAUAUUGAAAAACAAGAAACGAAUCGUACAGGAAAAGAAACUGUACUUAGUCGUGAUUAUAAUGAAUUAGCGAAAUUUUGCGAUGAUUAUCUUCGUCGAUAUGAAAACAAUGAAGAUGAUACACAGCAUCCUAUGCGUCAUUUAUUUGCUGGUCAUAAUGGUAAACAAAUAGCGGAAUUGAUUAUUCAUUCAGUCUUAUCAUCAAUGAAAUAUGGCUCGAAUGAAGGUGUCAAACGUUUCUCCCGUAUACUACAAAUAGUUGAAUUGUAUCCGAACACUUUGGAAUCGAUCGCCAACCGUUUACAAGAAAUUCCAUGCUGGAUGUUCUUCGAUUGUUUGUAUCAAAUUACAGCACACCUAGAUAAACCCAUUGCUUUAAAACUGUAUCCAUUAAUUGACCAAAUAGUAAAAUCCUAUCCGCAAUCGAUUGUUUAUCCGUUUAAACUAAGUUAUGAGACUUUGCAAUACUCAAUUGCUGAUCCGACAUUAAAGCGUAAUCUUGAAAUUAUUCGUCACAAAGUAGAUCGGCAAACUCCACUUGUCAAUGAAUUUAUUCAAGCAUUGAAUCAACUAAAUCCUCAACAACAGCUUGAGAGUUGGUGCAAAGAACUAUAUCAAUUGCUGACCAAUGAUCUUCAAACACGGGAUAUCGAGAAACUUAAGACUCAUCUGAAGAAAUUCAAAGAUGUUCUCUUUUCCGAUGCGAUCAGUAUCGAUGAAACGAAUGAAGAACACGCGAGCACUACGAUGACAUCGCAAGACAGUGUGUUCAAUGACGGAACAGAUCAUCGUUUGUCAAAGACUCGUUUAACAUCCAUACGGUGUCAGUUCAAAAAUUCUGUAGAAAAAGAUCUCGACACAUUGUUUGGUAAACAAGGUGAAUUAUUUUCUACUGUUCUCUUAACCGAUGUGAAAAUAGUGCUAUCGUCAAUUAGCACAAAAUUAAAAUCAAUAUCCCAAGACAAAUCUAAUAUAAACGAUUAUUCCACAUGGUUUUCGUUAACAUUUCGACAACAACAUCGAGCUCUCGGUACACCAUCGACGCGUGAAAUCGAAAUACCCGGACAAUAUACAAGCAAAAAGAAACCACUAUUGGAGCAUCAUAUCAAAAUUGUUGGUUUCGAUGAGAAAAUCUUAGUUCUUCAUUCGUUAAGAUUACCGAAACGUUUAAUCAUACGUGGACAUGACGAAAAUGAUUAUCGAUUUCUUGUCAAAGGAGGCGAAGACAUACGACAAGAUCAACGUAUUCAAGCACUGUUCACUAUUAUGAAUGAUCUCUACGAUAAUGAUCCAAAUUGUAAUCAAUCAAAUGCAUCACAUGUUUGCAUACGAACGUAUAAAGUUAUUCCAAUGUCAUCGAAAUUGGGAAUGAUUGAAUGGCUGGAUAACACACGUCCUUUGAAAGAACUGAUUGAUGAAUGUUAUACAAAGGCUGAACAAGAUGUUAUUUCUCAAGGUCAACACCCAAGAAAGCUCUUUCAAGAUUAUGUGACUGGUGCAUAUCAAAGAGCGAAACCAACUGCGAAAUCAACAAGUAACACUCUAAUGUAUGCAGAACUAUUCGUUUCUCUGACAAAGAAUGAAGUUCGUGAAGAAUUCAAUAAAGUUCAAGCAGUUAUUCCCAGUGAUUUACUCCGACGUGCCUAUUACAAGAUGGCUAAUUCACAUGAAGGAUUCUAUACAUUACGUCAACAGUUUAUAACCAGUUAUGCCAUUUUGUGUACAAGUCACUACAUAUUAGGCAUUGGUGAUCGACAUCAAUCAAAUUUUUUGAUCGAUACAACAUCAGGACAAGUUAUUGGCAUUGAUUUUGGUUCUGCAUUCAAUGCUGCAACGAUUCAUUUACCUGUUCCUGAACUCAUACCAAUUCGUUUAACUCGACAGUUGACCGAACUCAUGUCACCAGUGGGUACAGCUGGUCUUUUUCGUGCGACAAUGGUCCAUACGAUGAAUGCAUUACGCGAGAAUUCCGAUUUAUUAUUAAGUACCAUGAAUGUCUUUAUUAAAGAACCUCUAAUGGAAUGGGUGGAACAUGCGCUGAAAACGAGUAAACAAGUAUCACAGAGCGAAUCAAGUCCGAUUCGUUCGGACGAUGCCUAUGCAAAAGAUCGUAUUCGAAGUGCUCGUUUAAAACUGAAUGGAAUCAAUCCAGCUGUGAUUACUGCUGUGGAUCUUAAAUUGAAUAAUUAUCUUCGUCCAGCAGCUUUGAAAGACGCACUUCGCCAUAUGGAAAAAGUUGUCGGUGGCGAUCAAACUGAGAACAAGCGUGCACAAAUUUUGGUACGAUACGGGUCAAAUCGAUAUCAUCAGUUAACGGUCGAUGAACAAGUCGACUGUAUUAUCGAUCAAGCAACUGACAUCGAUAUUCUUGCCCGAUCAUGGGCUGGCUUGGAAACAUUUAUGUAA